AUGUCGCUCCAAGUUCCUCGCAUGCAAGCAAUGCAAACGCUCCUUGCUUGCUCUACAUUCACGACAUUCGCCUUUUUGGCCGCGAAUGUCCACGACGACUCCACGCUACCGGAAGCGCUCCGCGUCAACGUCUUCAUGGCCGGACUCAACCACGCCUCGAACACAAACUUUCAUCUGUUCCGCGUCGGGUUUCGCCUCAACAACAUGGUUACUGUGUCUCUUGCCGUGCCGGGUUUUCCCACCGGGCUCACUGUAUUGAUCGAUUGCGGAGCGUCAGCACACUGGGUCAACCGCUCCACUCUUGAUCGCUUUGCAAUGAUCACGUGCGAUGAAGACGUCGUCAUUUUGUCCUCGUGCACUGCAGACGAAUCUGUCCUGCCCAACCCAGCGGAGUCCCAGACGUACGCCUCCCUCUGCUAG